CAUCAUCAUAUACACAUAGACAAAACAAAGUUCAACAAAAUCUUUUUUGUAUGUUUAUAUUCUAUUUGUUUUGUUGUUCUCAAAUUAACAAAUUUCUUGUGCCUUGUGGUGUUGUGCGUGUGUGUGUGUGUCCAUGAUAAUCAACAAGUUAUUAUGGUCACAAAUAUUCCGGUAUUUUUUUACGGCAAAAACAAAAAUUCCGUCCUUUCAUCCAUCCAUGACACGAAUUCUUUAAGAGAAUUUAAUUUGCGAAAAAAAAUCAUUAAUUGUUGAAUGACAAACUGUACAACACAAUUAAUGGCAAUAUGUAUAAAAAAGAUCGACCAAUGUUGAGCGUUACAUCGCUCUUGUAUGGUUCACCUGCACCAAACAGUUAUCCAUCAUUAUUAAAUAACAGCAACAAAAAUAUUAAUAAUGGAAUGGGUUCUUCGAUGACAAAUCCAAAUGAUAAUGGUGGCAUGACAUUGAUUGGUAAUGGAAAUGUCCAUAAUACAGCUAUUACAAUGAAUACAACUAGUCCAAUUAUUGGUGGUGGUGGUGGUGGUGGAACGAAUCAAACAUCUUUAUUAAAUCAAGUUCAUAGUCCAACGACAACAAUACAACAACAACAACAACAACAAAUGAAUAAUAGUAAUAGUCCAACAAAUAUUGUUGUUUCUACCUGUGAUAAUAAUAAUAAUAAUCAUCAUCAACGAUAUCCUCCUAAUCAUCCACUAAGUGGUUCAAAACAUUUAUGUGCCAUUUGUGAAGAUCGUGCUUCGGGUAAACAUUAUGGUGUUUAUAGUUGUGAAGGUUGUAAAGGUUUUUUUAAACGUACCGUACGUAAAGAUUUAACCUAUGUUUGUCGUGAUGAUAAAAAUUGUAUUGUCGACAAAAGACAACGUAAUCGUUGCCAGUAUUGUCGUUAUCAAAAAUGUUUAGAAAUGGGUAUGAAACGUGAAGCCGUACAAGAAGAACGACAACGUAAUAAACCAUCAACAACGGCGGAAACUAAUGAACCAGAAUCAUCGACAACGAUAAAUUCACCAACAACAACGACAACAUUGAAUCAUUAUCAUCAGAAUAAUCAUCAAUCUCAUCAUGAUCGACGACUAUUUAAUGAUCUAAAUAUUGAACGUUUAACAGAUGCAGAAAAAUUGAUUGAAAUUACUUCAAGUAAUGUUUGGUUUUCUUUGACCAUGACUUUAGCUGAAAUUCAAUUAGUUACUUUAAAUUUAUUUUCAGUGUUCACAACAACAACAACAACAACAACAACAACGACGAAAAAAGGAGCAACCAGAGAAAUUGAACUUUUAUUCAAGUGGAUCAAAAACAUUCCUUAUUUUCAAUCAUUGGAUCCAAAUGAUCAACUUGUUUUGUUGAAAAGUGGUUGGAAUGAAUUAUUGAUUGCUGAAUUUUCAUAUCGUUCCACUUGUAAACAGGAUGCCUUACUAUUAGCUAACGGUGUGGAGGUUAGCCAACAAAAAGCCCAAAGCGCCGGUAUUGGUGAUAUUUUUAGCCGUGUUCUCAAUGAACUUGUAGCAAAAAUGCGUGAAAUGCAAAUGGAUCCAGCUGAAAUUGGCUGUCUAAGGGCCAUCGUAUUAUUUAAUCCAGCGCUUAAAAAUUUAAAAAACAUAGAUAUUGUAGAAAAAUUACGUGAUCGUGUUUAUUCAUUGUUGGAAAAUCAUUGCCGACUACUAUAUCCGGAUAAAACAAGUAGAUUUGCUAAACUAUUGGUUCGUUUACCGGCAUUACGUUCAAUUGGUCUAAAAUGUAUUGAACAUUUAUUUUUUCAACAAUUUCUCGCUGAAAAUGAUUUAAGACAAAAUAUUGAUAUUUUCAUUUCACAAAUGUUAAUGAUUCCUAAAUAAAAUGAUGAUCGUCUGAUUUGGACCUCAACACAAUGUGAAUGUUAAUCUCAUCAUCAUAGUUUUGUGUUUAGUUUGGCUGUUCAUUUAUUUUCAUGGAUUCGAAAAAAAGACUGUAUGAAUCUCUGCAAUGUUUUUAUUAUUAUUAUUAUGAAAAGUACAAAUUAUUCGUUUUCGUUUCAAUUCAUUCAAAGUUUACACACACA